AUGCAGUACACACUCCUCCAUUUUCUCUCCAACAACACCAACAACAAAUCCUACACAUUUCCUUAUCCUAAGCCCCAUCACUUCCCCUCAUACCACCAUGAUUAUUUUCCCUCACUUUCUUGCCCAAGAACCCUCCAUUUUCCCACCCUUUCCUCCAAAACAAACACCCCGCCUAAGCCCCUUAAAACACCAGAAAUCCCCUCCAUACCCUCUCACCCCACCACUCAACCACCUCAAUCCCAACCCCAACCACCACCCAAUACUGAAUUUCAAGAAAAAAUGCUCUAUCUUGAUUCAAUAGGCCUAGACAUAUUCUCCCUAAUUAACCACCACCGUCCGAUCGUCCUCUCAGCCUCCUUGUCAAACAUCAAAUCCAUCAUUGAUUUACUCACCUCCAUGAACUUCACUCCACAAGAGUUCUGCCGUAUCAUCUCCAUGUGCCCAGAAAUCCUCAACUCCACUCCUUCCACCAUCACCCCAGUCAUCACCUUCCUACUCCGGGAAGCCCGCGUCAACGGCUCUGAUUUAAAACAUGUGAUAAACCGACGGCCCAGAUUACUCGUAUCCAGUGUCAAACACUGCUUGCGCCCCACUCUCUAUUUCCUCCAAAGCAUUGGCCUUGAAGAGGUAAAAAGACACACAUAUCUACUGUCUUGUAGUGUCGAAACAAAACUUUUACCAAGAAUCCAGUACUUCGAAAAAAUUGGGUUCCCUUAUAAGGAUGCUGUUUCCAUGUUUAGGAGAUUUCCACAGCUGUUUAAUUACAGUAUUAAGCAUAAUAUUGAGCCCAAGCUGAAUUAUUUUGUUGUGGAAAUGGGAAGGGAUUUGAAGGAAUUAAAAGAAUUUCCGCAGUAUUUUUCUUUUAGUUUAGAGAAUAGAAUUAAGCCCCGACAUCAAUUCUGUGUUGAGAAAGGUUUGUGUUUUCCUCUACAUACAUUGUUAAAGACAAGCGAAGCGGAAUUUGUAAGUAGGGUUGAUGUUUGUUGUAAUUCUUCUGUUCCUUUGAGAAGUUCUCCUUUGUAUUCUGUAAAUUGUGACAUUGAUUCUUCUACGAAUACAGAGUAA